UUUAACGAGAAAGCGUUGCAGGCUGUGCUAAAAAACUUUGUUCCUAUUAAGAAAAGUGCAGUGAGGAUAAAAACAAAGUUUGUUGACUUUUGUAAAAAACUGGAAUUGAUGCCGCUUGCAAAAAGCAUUGAGAAAAGUAGAGGCAAGUGCCUAUCGGUAUUUUUUAAGGCUAAAACCCACAAGCCAGAUUCACCAUUCAGGACCAUUAUUAGUGAAUCUGGUUGUUGGCAGAAGAAUGUGAGCCAAUUCCUGCAAAAGAACUUAAAGUUGCUAACAGUGAACGACCCUUUCCGAACAAAGAAUUCGAAUGACGUGGUGCAGUUCUUGCGUGGGAAUAAGGAUGUAGGUUAUGGUUUUUCUGUUGAUGUUGAAGAUUUAUUUUAUUCAGUUCCACAGCGUCAACUCCUGUCUUCGGUACAUGAAUGUAUUGAGUAUAGUGGUACGAUCUCGUUCCAGAAUCAUGCCGGACUUUCAGUGGGAAAUUUUUUAAGUCUUUUAGAAUAUUACCUUAGAGCUACUUUUAUUGUUUUUAAUGACCAACCGUAUUUACAACGGAAUGGUAUUUGUAUUGGAUCAUGUGUUGCUCCCGUCCUUGUGGAUAUUUUUUUGUCUUGUGUGGAUCAUUCUUUAGACCAUGCUUUUAUUGAGCGGAAAGUUUUAAAAGUUUUUAGAUAUGUCAAUGAUUUUUUGUGGUUGAAGCUCUGA